UGCCACAGGAGUUCAGACUGUCUGGAAACACGGAGAUCAAAAACCAGUCUGACAUCAGGUGCCAGUAAAAUUCUCCCUCACCCACCUCACUUCAACCCAGCUGAGCACAACCAGGAGAGCAAGUGUUUGGUACACACACAAGGACUCUAUGAUUAAGCGCCGGGCUCAGAAAGCUCCCCCUGGGCAGCACAGGCACUGUGAGAGAUGUUUCAACCGGCACUGCCGCACACCGACUGAGCCCUCCAUCUCCUGCAUGGUGAUCAGCUGCCGCUUUCGCUGCGGGGCCACCUUCCACAUGUGCAAGGAGGAGGAGCACCAAUUGCUCUGUCCCUUAGAGCAGGUCUCCUGCCUCAACUCAGCCUAUGGCUGCCCUUUUUCCAUGGCCCGCUUUAAGCUGGCGAAGCACCUCCAGGUCUGUCCAGCCAGUGUGGUCUGCUGCUCAAUGGAGUGGAAUCGCUGGCCGAACGUGGAUUCAGACACAACCCUCCACAAGAACAUUAUGAAGGAGACCUUGAACGAAGAGUGUCUGGACACAGCCUUGGCACUCAGAGACCAGAAGAAACUUUUCAGGACUUUGAAAAUAGCCGACUUGUUUCCAGAGUGGAGGAAAAAGGAUGAAGUGGAAGAGUUAAUGGAUGAAGCCAUGGGUGGGGAAGAAGGUGCUGUGGGAGGAGUAGCCUGUGGCUCCCAAGAGGGCGACGGCCAGUUGUCUGAGCUCAGCCAACGUGAGCGUGAAGAUUUGGCAAAGGACAAAGAAGGAAUGGAUCUGAGGAGUUACAAAACCUGGGAGAACAUUUUCAGCAAAGAGCUCCUGGCUUGCAAGUUAACGGGUUCAUCAGCCAACACAGGACAAAAGACGGAGGAGGCUUCCAAGAAAACAACGUCAACCCCUCAUGCUGCCAGCUCCACAGAGAAGGCAGAGGAAGUACCUGACAGUGCAGGAGAGGCAAAGGACCAAAAGUCUGAACAAGUAACACUGAAUACAGAAAUGACGGGACUGGCUCCCUGGCAAGAAGGGGUCCUGGAGAGGCUGAAGAAGGAAGUUGGUGUAGGUGAUUACAACAUGUAUCUGGUACAUCACGGGGGAAUGCUCAUCCGCUUUGGCCAGCUAGCUGCUUGCACUCCCAAAGAAAAAGACUUCGUCUAUGGGAACUUGGAAGCUCAGGAGGUGAAGACCGUCUACACCUUCAAAGUGCCAGUCAGUUACUGUGGCAAAAGAGCACGACUAGGAGAUGCACUGGGCCACAAGGUGCCAACUUCAGACAAGUCAGUGGAUACCUCAGAACUGGGAAUAAAACUAGAAGAACUACCUAAGACAAAUAUAGUUACAGCUACACUGCUGUGUGCACUGGAAAAAGAGCUGAAAGGCCAUGAGAUCUCCGAAGCAAGGGGUAUCGAUGGACUCUUUGUGGAUUUUGCAACACAGACAUACAGCUUUCCCCUGGAGCCCUUCUCCUCCAGUGCUGUUCUAGCAGAUAUUCUGGAUGAAGAAAGCCCACCGGAACUCCACGUGGAGCUCUACACUGAAUGUGUAACCAGAAGACACAACAAAAGCAGUUCAGCUUUCACAUUCACUUGCAGUCAUUUCUUCAGGCGGGACGAGUUCCCGUUCCACUUCAAGAACGUGCACGCUGAUAUCCAGUCAUGUCUGGAUGGAUGGUUCCAGCAUCGCUGCCCGCUGGCCUACUUGGGAUGUACUUUUGUUCUAAAUCACUUCCGCCCCGAAGGACUUAAGGCCAAGGUUAUAUUCAGCAAGCCUCUCAAGACAUUUGCUAUUAAGCCAGAGGUGGACACCCUCCUCGCUGAAUCAGGAAAGUCCAUUUCCACAGUGACUAAUCAAGGGAGUAAUAAGGACUCGCUGAGCAGCCUCCCAGUGGAAGUGCUCAAGUACAUUGCGGGGUUUCUGGACAGCUUCAGUUUAUCUCAGCUGUCGCAAGUGUCGGUGCUGAUGAGGGACAUCUGUGCCACUCUUCUUCAAGAGAGGGGAAUGGUCCUGCUGGUCUGGGAAAAAAAAAGGUAUUCCCAUGGCGGUACUACAUGGAAAGCUCGCAAACAGAUCUGGCAGUUCAGCAGCCUUUUCUCCAGAGUUAACAAAUGGCAGCGCAACGACAUCGCGUGCAUGUCGGAGCACCUGAAGAACUGCCCCUUCUACCAAGUGGAGCGCAAGACAGACCCUGUGCUGCUGACAGGCAUGUGCGAAUCUCGAGAGCAGACUCAAAAGACUUUGGUUUCUACUUUCAAGCGCAGAGUCUGAACAACCUGCUUCCCCUCUGCCACGGUCCAUUCAGGGCACUUGAAAAGAAGGUUUGGGAAUUGGGGUGUAAAGAUUAUUGCUUCCAACUCUCCUUUGGAUGGACAAAACUGGCUUCUCCCCAGCUGCGUUUGGAACAUACUGCAUCUCUUUCUUGUUUUUUCCUGCAUUGAUUUAGUUGUUAAAACUUCAUCCACUGCUCACUGAUAUGAUGUGCUUUCUGUUUACAUUUCUGUUCCUUGCUUAACACAGCAUUCUGGAGAAAGCAAUAAGGAUCUUGUUUGAAACAGAAGCUUCGCAACCUUGAAGGUAGGCUGCUGCUCCUGUACCACGUCCCUGAGAGAAGCAAGAGCAGUUAACAUACCCCCCCGCUCGACUAGGCCUGGAACACCUUAGUUUUGGAUGGAAAGCCAAGUUCUGGGAGCGCAGGCAAAUGCCCUCCUGCCCAGCAGACCUAGGGAUUGCUAACCUGUUCUGAGACGUGGGCAAAAGAAAAGGAGCCCCCAAAACCAAGUUAAUUAAUUAGGACUCAGGAAUGCACCGCAUAGCCACAGACUAUCGUUUAGGUCCCCAAUUCAGGCAAGUGUGCCUAGUUAGCACAGCAUUUGAGCUCAAGCUUAAAGCUGAGCUCAUGGGAACAUUCAAACCAAACCAAAGCAAACAAACUUGCUCUUUGUUAGAAAUAACCAAGUAGCAAAAAGUUUCAAUUGACUUUUUAUACUUUUUGCUUAAUAACUUUCUCCAUUUUAUUUAGAAAUCCACUAAGGCCAUCAAAAAAUAUUU